AUGUCGGGAGGAGACGUGGAUACGAGCAGCAGUUGCGACGAUACAUCGAGUCGAGUCGAGUCCGAGUCGAGUAUAGUCAGCAAACCUAAAACUUCGCCGUUGUCGUCCAAAUUGCCAAAGUCGUCUAGCCCGAUGAUGCAGAAUUUCCUCAACUACGAUCCGCCAAGCCACACUUCGGAUGACACGUACUAUUCGUCGUUCACAUAUUUCAUUAGCCGUUCUGCUGGGCUUGGGUUCUUGUGCCUACCAUACGCGUUUAAGCAGGUAGGCGUAAUCACCGGCUUGGCGUUGUGCUUUAUGGCUGGAUUGAUGUUUACCCACUCCUUCACUACCUUGUGCCGUUUUAGAUAUAAACUAUGUCUAAUACACAGAGUGCCGACAGUGCCGUAUCAGAACUUGAUCGAGUACAGCUUGGCAUGUGGCCCGAUCUGCAGAUGGUUUUCAACGUUUUUAAGGUAA